AUGUUUCCCGGUCUGCCGACUAACAAGUGGAGACGCAGUAAGCAGCAGCUGCAGCCGUCUGUGGGGCUGGCCUCGCCGGCGCUGGUGGUGGAGCGACGCCGCGGGCCCGUUCCGAAUGCUUCCCAGCUGCGGGCCGCGGGCCGCCGGCAGUGCCACUACACGGGGCGCGUGCGGGGAAUGGCCGGGUCCCGCGCCGCGCUCUCACUCUGCGACGGCCUGGCAGGCUACGUGCGCGCCGGGGGCCUGCAGCUGCUGGUGCAGCCCGCGCGCGGCCACAGGGCUCGUCUGGCGGGCGGCCGCCACCUGCACGUCGUGUCGCGCAGGCAGCUCGACGCACACCAGCUGAGGCCGCGCCGCACGUGCGCCACCUCAGGUCAGGAACAUUUCUCACAAAAUGACUGGCGGGCGGCGUGGGCGGAGAGGCUGCGGUGGCAGUCGCAGCAGGAGGGCUGGAGCGGCCGCAACGCCAGCGCGCGCUCCGUCAGCCAGCCGAGGUACCUCGAGACGCUCGUCGUCGCCGACAAGAAGUUCCUCGACUACCACAAGGGCUCCGACCUCGAGAACUACAUCCUCACCAUCAUGAACAUGGUGGCGGACUUCUACCACGAUGGCAGCGUAGGCAACCUGCUCAACGUCGUAGUUGUGCGCAUCAUCUACUUAGAGAAGGAAGAGGAGGAGAUGGAUCUUGAGAUUUCGCCGGAUGCUGAGAAGACGCUGGCAAGCUUCUGCAAGUGGCAAGUUGGCGUCAACCCGAAGGACAUAUCGCAUCCCAACCAUCAUGAUAUCGCUGUACUUCUCACCAGGCACGACAUCUGCUCGGACAACAUGAGCAACUGCAACCUUAUGGGGCUGGCGUACGUGGCGGCGGCCUGUAAGCCCGACCUGUGCUGCGCCAUCAACGAGGACAGCGGUCUGCUGCUGGGAGUCACCGUUGCCCACGAGAUGGGCCACGUCAUGGGAUGCAGCCAUGACGAGGAGAACAUAUCUGGAUGCCCGCCCAAGGUGGACGACAACAACUAUAACGUGAUGUCGCCAUACGUGAUGGCCACCACCACACAAUGGUCGCCCUGCAGUCGCAAGUUCAUCACGACCUUCCUAGACGCCGGCCUCGGGGAGUGCCUGCUGGACGAACCGCAGGAGUCGCGCUACGCCUACCCGGAGAUGCCGCCGGGCGCCAUGUACGAUGCUGACUACCAGUGCAAGACCAAAUUCGGCUCUCCAGGGGUCUGCGCCAUCUCGCCGGAAUCGCACUGCAAGCGGUUGAUGUGCAAGAAAGGAAACAGCAGCUGCGUAUCUGAUGGAAGUCCUGCUGCAGAUGGAACCAAGUGUGGGGAGAAUAAGUGGUGCUACGGGCAGCAGUGCGUGCCGGCCGGGGAGCGGCCGCGCGCCGUCGCAGGCGGCUGGGGGCUGUGGGGCGAGUGGCAGCCCUGCUCGCGCACCUGCGGGGGCGGCGUGCAGGCGUCGCAGCGCGAGUGCGACAGCCCGCCGCCCGCGCACCGCGGCCGCUACUGCGUCGGCCUCCGGCGGCGCCACCGCGUCUGUAACAUACAGCCUUGCGAGGACGGCUCGCCCACGUUCCGCGAGGUGCAGUGCUCCGAGAUGGACUCGAAGCCGUUCGAGGACAAGCUGCACAAGUGGAAACCAUACCGAAAGGUCGCAAAUCCGUGCGCACUGGUGUGCAUCAACGAGGACCGCGUCUACUCGACGCUGGCACCGCGCGUCAAGGACGGCACCCCGUGCAAGCCCGGCACCAGGGACAUGUGCAUCGCCGGCCGCUGCCGGCACGUGGGCUGCGACUGGGUGCUCGAUUCCGAUGCUGCCGACGAUCCGUGCGGCGUCUGCAAGGGGAACGGGACCAUGUGCCAAAAGGUCGACCACACAUUCACCCACGCCUCGGGAAACGGGUACACGAAGGUGGUCACCGUACCUACCGGCUCUCGUCACCUCAUCGUGGAAGAGCUGGGCCCCACCGAGAAUACGAUUGCAGUCUCCGAUGAAAAAGGGGAGAUCUUCUUCCUGAACGGAAACUACACGGAGGAGGCGGACGGGGAGUACCGGAUGGGCGGGGUGCUCGCCUUCUACAGCCAUCCGCAGCCCAACCAGGAGCGACUGGACGCCCCGGGCCCCACGCAGCAGCCGCUCACUAUACACCGCCAGCAGCUUUCUUCUUUGCACAUAACUAUAACGCUCUCCAGUCUCGACUCGCCGCAGGUGGUGUUCUUCGGCGGCAAGAACCCGGGCGUGCACUACAGCUACUACGAGCCGCUGGAGCGGCCGGCAGACCGCACGCCUCGCUACUCCUGGGAGUUCCUCGGCUGGCAGGACUGCAACGUCGUCUGCGGGGGCGGCACGCAGGUGGCGGAGCCGGUGUGCGUGGAGGAGGGUGCUGGCCGUGUGAGCGACCAGUCCUGCACCGCUGAGGACAAACCGGCGCCGCGCAGCCGCGUCUGCAACGAGCAGCCGUGCAAGAUCAGGUGGCGUGCGGCGACGUGGGGGCGAUGCUCGGGCUGCGUGUUCCGCGUGGGCAUGGCGCGCCGGCGCGUCGAGUGCGUGCGGCAGGCGGCGCGGCUGGGGGAUGACCCGGCCGUGGUGCCCGAGGCCAGCUGCAAGGGGCUGCCGCGGCCCGCAGGCGUCAAGUUCUGCAAGUCCACCAGGCCCUGCAGCAAGGGCGCGCCGGCGGCGGCGCCGGCGCCGCACGGCCGCCGCGGCAAGCAGAAGAACUUCGCCAGAAGACUGAAGCACAAGACGACGAAACGGCCAGAGAUCACCUCCGAAGGCACAACCGCCGCCCAAGCUCCUGUGGUACAGGACCGCGUUCCUCCAGGACACAUUCUGCUCAUAGAGGUGCCGAUGGUGCCUGCUGGAGGCGGCGGGGGCGGCGAGCUGUCAGACGAGGCGGAGCGCGAGAUGGGCGACCGCGUGGGGGCCGGCGUGCUGGACACGGCACGCGCCAGGGUGCUGACGGGGCAGGACGCCGCUCAGGAGGCGCGGCGCGUGCUGGAGGAGAACCAGAGGCUCCAGCAGCAGCCGCCGCCCCAGGAGGAGUCCGCCACCGCCGCAGCCGACUAG